GGAAGUGAGUCGAUGGUGGCGAAGUCUUCCGGUUCGGGCCAUGCCGGCGCAGGCGCGGUGGCUCUGGCGGCCUGUACCUGCGGUCCCACCUCAGCGAGGAAGGUCGUCUUUGCCUUUCGCCUGCCCGGCUCUGAGGUGGCUUCCCCUGAACGAUGCCCCGCUAUUGCGCAGCAAUUUGCUGUAAGAACCGCCGAGGACGAAACAAUAAAGAUCGGAAGCUGAGUUUUUACCCGUUUCCUCUACAUGACAAAGAAAGACUUGAAAAAUGGUUAAAGAAUAUGAAACGAGAUUCAUGGGUUCCCAGUAAAUACCAGUUCCUGUGUAGUGACCAUUUUACUCCUGACUCUCUUGACAUCAGAUGGGGUAUUCGAUAUUUGAAACAGACUGCAAUUCCAACAAUAUUUUCAUUGCCUGAAGACAAUCAGGAAAAAGACCUUUCCAAAAAAAACUCUCAGAAGAAAAAAUUAGAUGUUGAGAAAAAAGUGUGUCUAAAAGCCAAGUCAGAAGAAUCAUUUUCAUCAAAUGAGCCAAAGAAAAAUACACCUAACACAGAAGUCCUCCCUGAGAAUACAGAAUUACUUGAUUCAUCUGCCUUGGUGAGGCCGCCAGUUCCAAAAAUAGGAAAUAUACAAAAUAACAUAAUAACUCUUAAUCUAAUUAAACAAGAUAUUGGAAAACUAGAAUCUGCCUUGGAAACAUCAGUUAACCAAGACAUAAGUAUAAGUGGUUUUCAUGCAUCUUUUGAUAAUCUAAAUUCUACAACUAUUACUUUGACAACUUCCAAUUCAGAAGGUAUUCAUCAGUCUUUGGAAACCCAAGAAGUGCUUGAAAUAACUACCAAUCAUCUUGCUAAUCCAAACUUUACAAACAAUUCCAUGGAAAUUAAAUCACAGGAAAAUCCAUUCUUACUGAGCACAAUUACUCAAACAGUUGAAGAAUUAAAUACAAAUAAAGAGUCUGUUAUUGCCAUAUUCGUACCCACAGAAAAUUCAAAACCUACAAUUAAUUCUUCAAAGCCUGCACAAAAAGAAACCAUGGGAAUGGAAGACAUGGAUGUUGAAGAUUCCUUAUAUAAGGAUGUAGAUUAUGAGACAGAAGUUUUACAAAUUGAACAUUCUUACUGCAGACAAGAUAUCAAUAGGGAACAUCUUUGGCAGAAAGUCUCUAAACUACAUUCAAAGAUAACUCUUCUUGAGCUACAAGAGCAACAAACUCUAGGAAGAUUGAAGUCUUUGGAAGCUCUUAUAAGGCAGAUAAAACAGGAAAAUUGGCUAUCUGAAGAAAAUGUCAAGAUUAUAGAAAACCAUUUCACAACAUAUGAAGUUACUAUGAUAUAAAGUAAGGAGCUUUUAAAGCAAUGACUAUAUAAGCUUUCAUCAGCCAAAACAAAUUAUAUGUAAUGUGAACUUUCUCCCGUUAUGAAGUUCUCAUUUUAACGAAGCUAAGAAAAUAUUCUAAUGUUAUGAACUGCAUUCUGUUCUUGUAAUGCUCAUUUUUGAAGAAAACUUAGAGUUGUUGGGCUAUAGAGAAAAAAGUUUCAUUACUUGGUAAUUUUCCAAAUUAAAGUUAAAAUAUAGUAAAUAAAUAAUAUUAAGUCAUAAAGUGAGAGAUGCUUUUUACAGAUAUGGUAAAAAGAACCCAGAAUAGAAGUUAAGCUCAGUUAUCAGUCCCAGUUACCAUUGGCAAAUGACUUGGGUAAAUUACUUACCAUGAUGGAGCUUCAAUCUUUAAUCAAAAUAAGGGCAAUUACUACAUCUGUAAUGUAAUUUGUUUCUUUAUAGUUCCUUCCCUUUCUAGUUAUUUUAGUAGAACAACUUUUCUAUAAGGUAAUCUAUACUUAUGUAAUAUUAGAUGUUGGCUAGAAUUUGGUAUUAUUAGCUAUUGGGAUACCCUCAGUAUUAAAUUGUUGUUUGACCUGUUGGCUGUAGUUAAUCUGUAAUAAAAGAAAAUACUUUUAUAAUUUUAUUACAGUUUUAACUAAAAUAAGGAGCCACCCAUUAGCCCAAUUCUUAGGAGAGUACUUUAAACUCAGUACUUUAUAUGUGGCAGAUGAUCACAAUGCAGUCAUUUAAGCCUAACAUCCUGUAUUUAAGGUUAUAAUUUAUAAACCAAAAAUUUUAAUGAGGUUUAUUUUUAAAAAUAUAUACUGUUAUAUUUUAGAAAUCAUGUUUGUGUCUGUUUAAUAUGUAUAGUCUUUUAAAAUGUGUGCUUGUGUCAUUUUUAAAUUCCAGAAUGAUAUGUAAUACUUAAUACUAUGUAUUCCCACUUAAACAUAUAUUAGGUUCAUAAGCAAGAAGUUACAGAUAUGUGGUGAUGACUUUAGGAACACUAGUAGGAAAGAGAAGUCAUGGUCAUGUAAAUAAAAAUACUGCUUAUAUUCAUACAGAGUUAAGAAAAGCACAAAAGUGAAGACAGUGGUGACAACAGAAAUGUGAAAAAUAGAUCAUCCCUUAAAAUUGGUAGUUAAUUAAAUAUGUUGUUUACAUUGUUGAGCAAGUUUAUGUCACUCUGAUUAUUAGUUUUCUCAUCUCAUCUAGAAAAUAAUGUUACCUAUUUUGAAGGAUGAUUUUGAGAAUUCCAUAAAGUAACAAAACAUGUUUUUGGUCCUGUAAAAUAGGAGGUGCUCAAUAAAUAGUUGACUGCACAGCAAAUAAUAUACUAAUUGUUUUGUAAAUGCACGGUGAUUAUUUUUGGCCAUGUUUCACUUAGUGUCUUCAGGCUAAUAAAAUUAAUUGGUGUUAUAUGAAAAUGCGUCAGCUAUUUAUAAAAUGUUGAUUAGAGGUGUCCUUAUUUUGAGCAUGGGUGGAAAAACUUAAAAUCUUAAAUUAUGUGCAGAUAGUUGAUAGAGUUAACAUAAUGUACUUUUUUUAAAAGAAAUAAUAUAGAUGAAACCUUUAUAAGUCAUAAAAUAUUCCAACUCAGUAUUUAACUAUAUAUAUUUAAUUUUCUAGUUGUUUAAAGUUACAGUUUACUCAGGAAUAAUUUAGACUAGUUGUAUUUCUUUAAACUUAAUAAAUUAUAAAUAUUUAAGAUAUUUACUUGGCUUGUUUAUAUUCAGUUGAGAAUUUUCCCAACCAGUUAACCUCUGAAUAUAUAUUUGGGGUUUCUGGCCAACUUAAUUUCUUACCUGGAUUAUUAUAGGAGCCUCUUAGCUAAUCUCCUCUACAGUAUUUUCAACCCCCUACUUCCAUAUCCUGGACUGUGCUGUCAGCUUUUUACCUAACCUAUAGAUCUAAUCUAUAUCUAAUCUACAAACAACUUUAUUUUCCUAGUUUAGUAAUCUGUAAUUUCUAGCACCUACAAAAUAAAGCCAAAGUUACCAUGAUACAUGUGAUCCUAUUACUCUCUUUAUCCUGUGUUCUAGCCACACAAGACUUACAGUGUUUCUCAGACAUGCUAAAUCAGGUGUUUGUUUUCAUGUUCUGCUUAUUUUCCCUAAAUUCAACCAGUCUGACUUAGGUGAAAUUAAAAUUUUUUUUUGCCCUCAGUCAAAAUUGUUUUCUCUCUGUUCUCACAAAUCUUUGUUUUAUAACAUUAAACAGCAUUUACCUUAGAGUUUUUUAUAUCAUAUCUAUGGCUAUCUCUUUGACUAUAUUGUAAGCUUUUUGAAAGCAGAAUUUGUGUUAAUCACUUUUGUUUCUUUGACAAUGUAAUACGCACUUAAUAAAUGUCUGGAUGAAUAUCUUG